UGAAAAGUGGGCUAGAGAUCAAUACCGAUUUAGAUGCAGGUAGACGCUAACAGGUAGAUCCUGACGGGGCUGCCAGUCCUCUCCUGGCCAGUUGUGACUAUUUCCGGCUACUGACCAUGGCCCUUUCUGUGGAGACCGAGUCGCACAUCUACCGAGCUCUGCGCACUGCUUCUGGGGCUGCAGCCCACCUUGUGGCCCUGGGCUUUACCAUCUUUGUGGCUGUGCUCGCCAGGCCUGGUUCCAGCCUGUUUUCCUGGCACCCUGUGCUUAUGUCUCUGGCUUUCUCCUUCCUGAUGACCGAGGCACUAUUGGUGUUCUCUCCUGAGAGUUCGUUGCUGCGCUCCCUGUCACGGAAGGGCCGGGCACGCUGCCACUGGGUGCUGCAGCUGCUGGCUCUACUGUGUGCACUGCUGGGCCUUGGUCUUGUCAUCCUCCACAAAGAGCAGCUUGGCAAAGCCCACUUGGCUACACGGCACGGACAGGCAGGACUGCUAGCCGUGCUAUGGGCAGGGCUGCAGUGCUCAGGUGGGGUGGGGCUGCUUUACCCCAAGCUGCUGCCCCGAUGGCCCCUGGCAAAGCUCAAGCUAUACCAUGCCACUUCUGGGCUGGUGGGCUACCUGCUGGGUAGUACCAGCCUCUUGUUGGGCAUGUGCUCACUCUGGUUCACUGCCACUGUCACUGGUGGAGCCUGGUACCUGGCUGUGCUAUGCCCUGUCCUUACCAGCUUGGUCAUUAUGAAUCAGGUGAGCAAUGCCUACCUAUAUCGCAAGAGGAUCCAACCAUGAACUCUUCCUAGCCAAGGGAAGCCUGGAUUUGCCUCUCAGCAUUCUGGGGCUGGGGACCUCCUGAACUCUUUAAGCUGAUUGGGUCAGGGGAUACUUCGGCACUGGAGCAGCAGGAGACCCAUAUGUGACAUUUUUGCUCUUUGUGCUAGAGUGCCUCCUCUGUCCUUCUCCUUUUGCUGCAUCCCAGAGGAGCAUAUGGAUCACGUGUCUGGAUGAAGCUGGGAUUGCAAGACUGCCUGCACAACAAUGCAGCUUAUAAUUGUACUGGUUUAAUUAUUGGAGAGAAAAAAGUGAAUAA